AUGCCACAGCGAGCUUUCCAAUGGAUGAAAGUCCUUUUGCAUUCCAAACAUUACGCAACUGCUUCAAUGGAAUUCACAAUGAUAAUGAGUGAAAGCAGCGGUCGAGCGUUCGCAAUGGCGAUUUCGGUUUUGAUGGUGGUCACUGGAUCACUGAACACUAUUUGCGCAAAAUGGGCAGACAGCUUGAAAGCCGAAGGUGUAGCUUUCAAUCACCCUUUUUUACAGGCCACAUGCAUGUUCUUUGGCGAGUUCCUUUGUCUAGUCGCAUUCUUUGUCAUAUACAGUUACAAGAAGCAUCGCUGGAAUAGAGUUAAUGUCACAGGUGAUUCUGGCUCUAUUACCGACAUAACUUCUGACAGCGAACCACAGCUUCCUCAAUUCAACCCAUUUGUUUUUUUGCCGCCUGCGUGCUGUGACAUCCUUGCCACUUCUAUAAUGUAUAUUGGACUGAAUCUUACGACAGCCAGCAGUUUUCAAAUGCUUAGAGGAGCAGUCAUUGUUUUCACCGGUUUACUAUCGGUUGGAAUGCUCGGAGCACGAAUUCAAGGAUUUAAAUGGAUAGGAAUGAUCCUUGUUAUUCUCGGGUUAGUAGUCGUGGGAGUCACUGAUAUCGUUUACGAUGACGAUCCGCUUGAUGAUAAGAAUGCUAUUAUAACAGGAAAUCUCCUGAUUAUAAUGGCACAAAUAAUCGUGGCAAUCCAAAUGGUCUACGAACAAAAAUAUCUAAAUCAAUAUGAUGUGCCGGCACUUUUUGCUGUUGGCCUUGAAGGACUUUUUGGAAUGACCAUUCUUUCCUUACUAAUGGUACCAAUGUAUUAUAUUCAUGUUCCACAUACUUUUUCGACGAACCCGGAAGGUCGUCUUGAGGAUGUCUUCUUUGCGUGGAAAGAGAUCUGCGAGCAACCGUGGAUAGCAGUAGCCCUGGGUGGAACUAUCAUUAGUAUCGCUUUUUUCAAUUUCGCUGGCGUUUCCGUAACAAAAGAGCUUUCUGCAACUACCCGAAUGGUAUUAGACAGUGUUAGGACGCUUGUGAUUUGGGUAUUUAGCAUACCACUAUUUGGCGAGAUAUUCAUUCCUCUGCAGCUAGUCGGGUUUGCGCUACUCAUCCUUGGCAUGUUCGUUUACAACGACAUUUUGAUCGGUCCGUGGUUCCGUCAACGUGUGCUUCCGAACAUGGGCGAGUCGCAUUUAUGCACUAGGUGCUGUUUCACGAUUUGUGGUGCGGAUUUGGCUGAAACGGAUAGGGAUAGUCUCCUCAAUGAAGAUGAGUAA